UCCGGUUUAUUAAAGUUCUUUAACGAUUGCGGCAAAAUGAUGAGUUUGAUUGCUUUUGCAAUUAUCGUUAUUGCGAUUAGUUUUAACGUCGUUUGUGUUGUAAGUGUGGAAAAUUAUCAUCUGGCCUCCAAAACUCCAUACAGAAUGUCUGUUGACCUGGAUUCAAAAGAAUACUUCCCUUCCCAGCAGAGAAUCAUUCCAGAUAUUUGCGUGAAAUCCUCCGUCAAGCAUGUUCUUGGGCAUUUCAGACAUGGAACUAGAUAUCCAAGUGCCAAGGAUCUUUUGAAGGCUUCAAAAAUUGUAGAAAAAGUUACAAAUCCACCCAUCAAAAUGCAGCUUGAAAGCGUCAUAACAGCUUUUAAAAAUCAUGAAGAAAAGGAGUUGUCAGAGAGUGGAAGGAAGGAGUUAGAAAGUAUCGGAGUGUUUUUUUUUAGCUAUUUCACUGACUUUUUUAGAAAUGUAAACGAAAAAGAUUUAAAUUUUGUUAUAACAAGUAAAUCAAGAACUAAAUCAAGCUAUCUUGGAUUCAUUGAUGGAUUUAACAAGGCACUUGGAAAGAAUCUUACAACCACACCAGUUGAAAAUGAUAUUUUGUUAAGGUUUUUUGACAGAUGUACAAAAUACAUUAAAGAAAUUGGAGACAACAAAACAAACACUGCAGUUGUUUCUACCUUCAUGCAAAAAAUGGAUAGAGAAUUGGUGGCAGCAUUUGCUACUUUAAUGCAACAACCUGAUUUUAUUUUAGAAGAAAGUGAAAUGCUCUCCUAUUUCAUAAUUGCUGCUACUGAACUAAGUGUACUUAACACAUCAUCUUGGUUGAAAUUCACAAAUGAAAGAGUUAGAAACAUUCUGGAAUAUGCCAGUGAUCUAAAAAAUUACUGGAGUAAAGGUCCUGCUCACAGCUUAAGUUAUGAGCAGAGUUGUGGGCUGCUGGUUGAUAUGUUUCAAAUGUUUGAAAAUGUUUUGAGUGGCAAAAACUCAUCAAAGGGCAGUUUUUAUUUCAGCCAUGCCGAGACAAUAAUCCCUCUGUUGAACAUCUUGGGUCUGUUCAAGGAGGACCCCCUCCUGACUGACAAGAACUUCGAUCAGAUGCAGAAUCGUUUGUUUCGUGCAACUCGCGUUUCACCAUUUGCUUCAAACGUUGCCUUUGUUUUGCAUCAGUGUGGCGAUGCCAACAGCAACAACCGUGAUAAUGUGUACCUGCAACUGUUCUUCAAGGAGCAUCCAAUCGCAUGGCCUCUCUGCAACAACAGCUUCUGCGAGUACAACGACCUACGACAGUACUACUCCAGAUACAUUGAUAACUGCAACUUCAAUAUGAUAUGCCAAGUAAAUGAUAGUGGGGUUUUUAAUGGGGAUGGUGGUGAUAUUAAUGAUGAGGAGGAUGAUGAUGACGUGGAUAAAAGUAGUAGUAGGGAUAGUGGGAUUAGAGAUGAAAGUGAUGAUUUUAUUGUUGAUUUAUAUGUUGAUGGAAAAAAUAAUGAUGACGAUGAUGGAGCUGAUAAUAGAGGUGAUGAAGUUUUUGUUGAUGAUGAUGAAGACGUCGAUACUGAUCAUUCAUUCCAUGAUGAUCUUUGAUGUAUUUUUUUUGAUCACAUACAAAUACAAUAGUAAAUUUCCUCAUUACUAUUAUUAGGUAAUCUCAUUUUAACAUUAUUUUGCUUUAUUAACCAUCAUCUUCAUGACACUUUUUUGUCAUCACGUCAUUAUUUGACUUUUACUCCUACUAUAUUUCUAUUCCUGUCUCAUACGUUUUGAUCAUUCUCAUAAAUGGCUAUAAAGUGCGGGCCUCCAGUCAUGUGUUUCUUCAUGUGAUGUUAAAUGUAUAUUUAUUUGUACUAUAUUUUUGUAUGUGUUCAUGUAGUACAUAAUUUUGUGUUUUUUGACUGUUUGAAGUUUAUAUAUCUAUGUAUUCUACUUGUAUUAUUAAUACGCAAAUUUUUUGUAGAUAUCACGUACUUGUUAUAAGACUAUUGAAUUAAAAAUAACAUAUAUUGUAUGUUAGUAAAGACACGACAAUAAUAAUUAUUUUUUUUAGAUUUUCAAUUAUUGACAACACAGCAAUACCAUUAUUAUUAUAUAAUAAAAAGUAAUCAUCUCUGUAGUUCUUGCUUGUCGGUUUAAUGCUAUUGAUUCCAACAUCUAACAUCUUGCAACAUCUGCUUCAAUAAAUCAUUUGAUCUUUUUAUUUCUAAUACUUCUUAGAUUGCAAUUUUAAAGUCUAAUAUAAAGUUGAACAGAUUGUCAAGUAGGUAUGCUAGUGGAGUAUGUCACACAUGCAAGCACAAUCAAAAACUUCUUUAUUUGUAUUUCAUAGAUGCUACCUAUAAUGAAGCGAUAAUAACUCAACUUAUAUAAUUUGUAAUAAUAUUUUUUGAUGAACUAAUCCACUAAGCAAUUAUAAGUUAAUGACCUCCAACUUACUAAUCCUCAAUUAAAUAAUUUUAAUGAUUUAUUAUUAACUUGUACAUUAAAUCAGUAAACC